CUCCGGUCCCAUUGGCGCAGGUGAUCUUUCUCCGAGAGAGGAUGCGAGAGGAGAGAGGAGGAGAGAGGAGAGAGACAGAGAGAGAGAGAGAGAGAGAGGGGGGCAAGCGCCGAUGAGAAAGUGUGCAGGGCAUGAUUGAGAAAAGGGAUACCGGCCGCUUCACUCGUCCUCGGCGCUCGGCAGCGGCAGAUGUACCGAGAGGGGCACUUUGAGACGUGAUGAGCUUUACUCCUGGCCGGCAAUAGUACUAUGAUUUGGUAUGUGGCCACUUUGAUAGCAAGUGUAUUCAGCACCCGAGGAACGGCAGCUCAAGGUGCCCACGGAGUGCGAGAGGAACCCCAGUUUGUCACGGCACGCGCUGGAGAGAGCAUCAUCCUGGGAUGCGACGUGUCCUACCCCCUGAAUGGCCAGCCCUACGUGGUGGAGUGGUUCAAGUAUGGGAUGCCCAUCCCCUUUUUCAUCAACUUCCGCUUCUACCCUCCUCACGUCGACCCAGAAUAUGCCGGCCGGGCCAGCCUGCACGGCAAGUCCUCCCUGCGGAUAGAGAAGGUGCGUUCCGACGACCAGGGCUGGUACGAGUGCAAAGUCCUGAUGCUGGAGCAGCAGUACAACACCUUCCACAAUGGCAGCUGGGUGCACCUGACCGUCAACGCUCCCCCCACAUUCACGGAUACUCCACCACAGUAUGUAGAGGCCAAAGAGGGGGGCAGCAUCACUUUGACCUGCACAGCUUUUGGAAACCCCAAACCUUCGGUUAGCUGGCUGCGGGAGGGCAACCUCAUCAUCAGCAGUGCCAAGUACAAGGUGUCUGAUGGGAGUCUGACGGUGCUGUCCAUCAGUCGGGAGGAUAGAGGGGCAUACAUCUGCAGAGCCUUCAGCCCACAGGGGGAGGCCAUUCACACCACGCGUCUGCUUGUGCAAGGCCCCCCCUUCAUCGUGUCGCCCCCAGAGAACAUCACAGUGAACAUCUCGCAGGACGCCUUCUUCACCUGCCAGGCAGAGGCCUACCCCAGGAACCUGACCUACACCUGGUACUGGGAGGAGGACAACGUCUUCUUCAAGAAUGACCUCAAGCGCAGAGUCAGUAUUCUCAUCGAUGGAUCCCUCAUCAUCGCUCAGGUCAAGCCUGAGGAUGCUGGAAAAUACACCUGCAGCCCGAGUAACAGCCUGGGCCGACCCCCGACUGCCUCUGCCCACCUGUCGGUGCAAUACCCUGCCCGUGUGGUAAACAUGCCACCUGUCAUCUACGUGGCCAUAGGCCUGCCAGGCUUCAUCCGAUGUCCUGUAGAUGCUACCCCCCCUGCAACACUUGUUAAGUGGAAGAAAGAUGGCCUCCCGCUCCGUAUCGAUAAGUACCCUGGCUGGAGCCAAAUGGACGAUGGGAGCAUCCGUGUGGCAGAGGUGACGGAGGACUCUCUCGGUACCUACACCUGCAUGCCUUACAAUGCCCUGGGGUCCAUGGGAUGGUCCCCUCCAGCCCCCCUGGUGCUAAAGGACCCUCCGAAAUUCUCAGUGGUUCCGGGAGGGGAGUACAGACAGGAGGCCGGGAGAGAGCUGGUCAUUCCCUGUGAGGCUGAGGGAGACCCCUUUCCCAACAUCACAUGGAGGAAGGUAGGGAAGCCAAGUAAAAGCAAGCACAAUGUUCUGCCCCGAGGCAGCUUACAGUUUAAGUCCCUCACCAAGGAGGACCACGGGGAGUGGGAGUGUGUUGCCACCAACGUUGCCACGAGCAUCACUGCCAGGACACACCUCCUAGUCAUAGGCACAAGCCCCCACGCCCCCACCAAUGUCCACGUGUUGGCCUCCUCCACCUGGGCUAAUGUGUCCUGGGAGCCGGGCUACGACGGAGGCUUCCAGCAGACAUUCUCAGUCUGGUACGGCCAUGUGCUGAAAAGGGAGCAGUUAGGACCACAUGACUGGCUCUCUGUACCCGUGCCUGGAGGACAGGGCUGGCUGGUGGUUCCUGGUUUGGAGCCGGAGACGGCCUACCAGUUCAGCGUCCUUGCCCAAAACAAGCUUGGCACGGGCCCUUUCAGCGAGGUUGUCACUGUGAACACAUUAGUAUUUCCUAUAAGUACCCCUGAACCAUUGGUGCUGCUUACCCCACCACGGUGCCUCACAGCCAAUCGUACACAGCAGGGAGUCCUGCUCACCUGGAUUCCUCCUGCCAAUCACACAGCACCUAUCCAGCAUUACGUCAUGGAGUUUCGCCUAGGGGAACGAUGGGACGUCCUGGACGACAGCAUUCCCGCCGGGGAGACAGAACUGCUCGCUAAAGACCUCAUCCAGGAGGCUUGGUAUGAGUUUCGCAUCAUGGCUGUCAUGGAGGACAUGAUCAGCGAGCCCAGUAACAUUGUAGGGGUGUCCAGCACAGACUUCUUCCCUCCCCCGGAGAUGGUGGAGGAAGGUGGGCUGGCACGGCCAGUGGUGGCGGGCAUUGUGGCCACCAUCUGUUUCCUGGCGGCGGCUGUCUUAUUCAGCACACUGGCAGCCUGCUUUGUCAACAAGCAGCGCCGACGCAAGCUUAAAAGGAAAAGAGACCCUCCUCUGUCCAUAACCCAUUGCAGAAAAAGCAUGGAAACGCCGAGUCCACUUAGCCCCCUUCCCGGCGUUGAGCCUUACUGGGAGGGGCUGGAUGCCAGCAGGUACAGACGCCCACCUCCUAGCCCCCAAAGGUCUUCGGGAAAGGUGAGUCCAGAGAGCAUUCAUUCAAAGAAAUCCCCGUCUGAAUCAUCUGAAGAUGGCCAUGACCUGUCUGUCAAGAAGACACCCCCAAGUCCAGGGAAGAAGGAAGAAUUGUCUUUAUACAAGAAGACUAAAAGAGCAAUAAUAAGCAAGAAGUACAGCACCACCAAACAUGAAGCUGAAGCUACAACGCCCAUCGAGCUUAUCAGCCGAGGCCCAGAUGGACGCUUUGUCAUGGACCCCACUGACACAGAAAUGUCUGUUAAGCCUCGGAGGAUUGAGGGCUUCCCUUUUGUGGAAGAAUCAGACCUUUAUCCUGAAUUCCGGCAGUCAGAUGAAGAGAAUGAUGAUCCCAGGCCUUUGCCACCAGUUAUGGCCACCCUUCGGCCUCACCAGAUUUCCCCCAUCUCAAGCCAGGACUCCUAUCUGCAACCUCCAGCCUACAGCCCUCGCUUUCAGAGGCCUUUGGAAGGUAUGACCAUCAUGGAGAGCAGUCGGCUGCAAGCCACAGGGCAAAUCCGAGGCUCUCUCCACCAUAGGGCUUUCUAUGGCUACCUAGGCACUCCUGGAGACCAUGACCCCCCACCUCCUUUCUACUUGCCUGACACCAGCCCACUCAGCUCUGUUAUGUCCUCCCCUCCAUACCUUGCUGAAGGUCCUUUUGGUCACCCCAUGAUUCCUGAAGAGAUGGGGGAGGGUGAUAUCCAACAGUAUGCUGUAUCUGGCUUUCCCCUUCCUCUGACGCUCGCCUCUUCCUCCCGUUCUCCAGAGAUCUGGCAAGGACUAGAUUUUACAUUUGCGAGUUUGGAGGGGCCUCACUUUAUUUUUCCUCCCCAUCACCCUUUGCAUCUCCGCCACGAAACCUCCUACCCUCCGCCACCUCAUGUUCUUCCCCUUAGUGCUUUCCAGCCCUCCUCUCUCCCAAUGCCCACCUACCCAGCUGUCCUACCACUGGAGGCCCCAAAGAGCCACUCAAGCAAGUCUCCCAGCAGGGCCAAGCCUCAUGGCUCCCCAGCCAAGCAUUUAGCUAUGCAAGAGGCACAAAUAGGGCAGCUAAGACACACAAGCCAUGCUAUGGGUGUGCCAGUUUUGCCUUACACUGAUCCAAUGGCCCAAUUAGUCCCUAGCACAUUCAGUAGCCUGGACACCCGAUGGUUUGAAACAACCCCUCGUUUCAGUCCCAGACAGGCUCGUAGGAUGGAUCCCAGCAUGCAUCAGGUGGUCCUCCAACCCUCUCGACUCUCACCCCUCACCCAGAGCCCUCUUAGUUCUCACCAGGGCUCACCAGAGAUUGUAGUACGUCCUCGACCUCGUCCCAGCAUUGUCCAACCUCCCAUACCUCCGGAGAUGUCUGAGAUCACCCUCCUCCCUCCUUCCACAGCCAGCUUCUCAAGGAGAUCCUCUCCCUCCUCUUCGCCUGCCCAAGGCCAGGGUAGCAGAAGGGCAAGUCCCAGCUAUCGCUCCCACAUGGCCUUUGCCACCUCUGCAACCAGCUACCCGUCCCAGUCCCCGUCACCCCCCAUGGAAAGCAGCAACAUUUUUGGGCAGAUGCCAUCUCAGAGGAGGACUGAGGAGGUGAUCCUUCCAUCUGAGCCCUCUCCACCCCAGUUGUCAGCUUCAGGAAAACGUCGAGGUGCGCCUAGUACCCUUUCGGGGUCUGAGAGGAUUGAUGCACUGAGAUACCAACGAAUUAAAAAGGCCAAGAAGAUGACGGCAAACAACAAUAACUCUAAAUCCAGAUGGAAAACAGGUGUCUCCACCUCUCAGACCCAGCAGGCCUACACCUCUCAGGUACUACAGCCCGAAGAAGCUCUCUACCUCCGCAAGAAGAAGAAACGGUCCAUACGCCAGGACCCAUAUGCCCGCUUUUCCGCUCUGUUAUACCGCCGCCCGCCCCAGGAGGACCAGAAGGCUAUUUUGGCUAGUAUGGACAACAUAGACCUAGAUCAUGCCACCCUUCUCUGA